CUCUAGUUCUGGAAGUGCAUCAGCCAUUGUUUUCUGGUAGGGUUUAUAACUGGAUAAACUUGGAUUUUCAGAGGAUCUGUGAUAUGCGUUCCUGGCUACAUAAUCGCUUACAAAAAGUAUCCGGUGAGAGACUCAGAAUAUCACAGUAACUAAAUGACUUUAAAGCACCCUGUUGAAUGAAUUGGUGUCUUUGUCUUUUUAUGGAUCCAGGUGCCCUUUGUACUCGGAGUGACAGGAUGGUCUCCCCUGCCAUCGCCCUGGCAUUUCUUCCCCUAUUGUUCACACUGAUCAUCCGCUACCGGUACUAUUUUGUCCUGUUCUACCGUGCGGUGCUGGUCCGGGUGGUCCAGGACUUCCUGACGGGUCUCUCUCGGGAGGAGCGAGCCUUCCAAUAUGUGCUGACUCAUGCCACCCCAGGGAACCCCGACAGCAUCCUGGAUGCCUUUGACCAUUGGUGCAGUAAAGUCGAGUUCAUCAGCAACAUUGGUCCCAAGAAAGGUCUGGUCUUAGACAGGCUACUGAGAGAAAACUCUCCACUGAAUGUUCUGGAGCUGGGCACGCACUGCGGGUACAGUGCCAUCCGAAUUGCCCGCUCCCUGACCAUCGGUGCCCGGCUCUACUCUGUGGAGAUGGACAAGAGUAAUGCACUUGUGGCAGAGAAGGCCAUUCGACUUGCCGGUUUUGAUGAUGACAUGGUGGAGUUAAUUGUGAGCACCUCAGAAGAGGUCAUUCCUAAGCUGAAGGAGGAGUAUGGAGUGGAAAGGCUCGAUUUUGUUUUCAUGGACCACUGGAAGCGCUGCUACCUGCCGGACCUCCAGCUCUUAGAGGGCAGUGGGUUACUGAGUGAAGGCACCAUCAUUCUUGCUGACAAUGUCAUAUUUCCUGGGGCACCCAACUUUCUGCGGUACGUCAAGCGCAGUGGCUUGUAUAAGUGCCAUAUGCACCGUGCCUCACUGGAAUACAUCCGCGGCAUUAAAGAUGGCAUGGCUGAACUGAUCUACCUGGGGGCCAAAUGAAGGAUCUACAGCACUGCGUUCUGCAGUGCAUUCAGUGUGCAAUCUUCAGCUCUCGUUGCCCAUUAAAUAACAAGAGGUGUAGUGCCGGGUCUUCAUUUUCCCCACACAAACACAGCUGGGAUCAUCUAUUAACCGCCCCCCUUGUAAACUCACAACAUCACAAAGGCCAACAGAAACCACUGACCCACUGAUGUCAUAAAGGAAAAACCAUUUUCACAUGAAUAAGUCAUAUAUAG